CUUCUGCAUCAAGGCAGUCACUUCCAUCGUUGUCAUCUUUGUUGAGCAAAUCUUUCAAUUCGGCAAACAAGAAAGAAUCUUUGGAGAACAAAGAGGCAUUGGUUAUAUCUGUUUCAAACUCACCAAUUGUUGAAAAUGGUGAUGGAAUGGAUGAUUUUGAGUUCAUAGCCCUUGAUGUUCUGAAAUGGCGCUGGUGUAGGGACCAACAGUCAUCAUCUGAAAGUGAUCAUGUUCUGAGUCCCCAAGACACGAGUACGCAUGAUUUCCUUGAAAUAGGUGCAGCAGCUCUUCUUGUGGGGGAUAUGGAAACUAAAAUGAAGGGCCAAUCUUGGAGAAAUUUUGGGACUGCUGAUAUGCCUUACCUUGAUCAACUGUUGCAGCCUUCAUUACUAACUACCGUCACCAGUUCUGCUUCUGCCCGUGCGCACUUGAGAGCAAUAACAGCAACCAAGCGCACUAAACCAGGCCCUAUUCAAAUUUGGCAUGUUCUUCUAACUCACUUUGUUGCUUUUUUUAUCAUUUUCAUUUUCAGAUUAUCCCUGGUUGUUAUUAUUGUUGCAUUUCUUCUUGCUUGA